UUCCAGGGUUGCCAAAAAAUACAGUACCUGUCAGUAAAUCUGAAAAGUGUCUUUUGUUUGCAAGGUAUUCUAUACCAGGUCUGAUCUCCUUUGGAAAUGACAAAACUGUUAGGAUAUCAGGAACUGGAAGUGUUUUGAGUCUGUUCAAGCAUGGAGCACUGGGACUCACUGGGAUUUUUGAUUGUCACACUCAACUAUAAUGUGACUAUUGUAGGAAAGAUCUGGCUGUUGUUGAUAAUUCUGCUGCGAAUGGCAGUGGUGGUGUUAGCAGGCUACCCCCUCUACCAGGAUGAGCAGGAGCGCUUUGUCUGCAACACCCUGCAACCAGGGUGCUCCAACGUUUGCUAUGACUUGUUCUCUCCUGUAUCUCACUUCAGAUUUUGGCUCAUUCAGACUGUGUCUAUCCUGCUGCCUUAUGCUGCAUUUAGCAUUUAUGUUUUGCACAAGGUAGCUGUGUACAUUGUAAGAAUGCACUGUCUGGUGCAUAGGUGCAAGGGGAACAAGGGUUUAUCAAGCCCCAAAGAUGUGAAGGAGCUCUGUAGAAGUGCUGUUGUCAAGAGAGUAGAUUGUGCUGCAGACAACCUAAGUGUCCUUAAUUUUUCAGGGGCAUAUACCGUUCAUCUUUUUAUUAGAACCCUACUUGAGGUUGCCUUUGCAGCUGUGCAAUAUUUUCUUUUUGGAUUUUUUGUUCCUGACCGCUUUUCCUGCUACCAUUCACCUUGCACAAGCACUGUUGACUGUUACAUCUCCCGGCCCACUGAGAAAUCCAUCAUGAUGAUUUUCAUCUGGGGGGUCAGCAGUCUGUCCUUCCUGCUUAGCCUUGCUGAUCUCAUCUGUGCUCUCCGGAGAAUGACAACAAGAAAACAAAAGAACAAGCUGGUGGCAAACCUCUGCACAGAGAAGGAGUGCAUUUUACAUCUUCCCCCAGUACAGCACAGGUCUUCUCCACCUCAAAAUGAAGAUGGCCCAGUAGCAAAUAGCCAUCAGACCAGUGAUGCCUCCUGCUCACUUCUCUCUGAAGAGGAAGAAGAGGCUGUUCUUCAUCCUGAAGGUGUCCCUCAGCAAAGUGCCAGCACUAACCUUAGCAGCAGCAGCAAUCAGUGCUGUGUAUCAGGAGAUCUUGCUGUUAAGCAGCAGAGCUCAGAAGAACCCUUGUGUGCCAGUGGCCAUGAAGGAACUGUCUGCAGGCAAGUGAGACCCAGACUUCAGCAAGACUUCAUUAAAGAUGCUGCCCUGGCUUUGAGACCUCAGAUCAAGUCUCCUCUUGGAGUUUCUUCCUCUGUGGUUCAGAGCAGGCUUUUGGGAUUCUACCCUUCAGCUGAGCUAAAAAGCCCUGAUGCACAAUCAAAUUAUAGCAGCACUAGCUGCCUAAGGUCAAAAAAGUCAGAAUGGGUAUAGAAGGCAUAGUGAACACUAUGCUGUGACCUUGACAGGGCAAAUCAUUGCAUCAAUGAAGAGGCUUCAGGGAGCUGCAGCUGAAUCCCUUGACUGUGGUUAUGCUGUAGACACACUCUACAAUGCUGUGUACCUCCAUUAGAAAAGAAGCAAAAACUUUGGAUAAGAGUUUGAAGGAUAUUAUAUUAAGGGACAUGUUCUCUAGAAAAUGUCACAUCUUUAUGUUCUUCUGCAUGUAGAUGACUUAAAAAAGCUGUGGACUGUUGCUGAUGUGACUGACCUGGUUUUCCAGGAGUACAUGUGAACACUUGUUUACUCUAACUUAGUUUUGUUGCAAAAGAUUGAGCUUAGCAAAUAUAUGGCUUUUAAACACA